AUGGCGAAGAAGAAAGUGUCCCGUAACUCAAACGGAGCUUCCAAUGGGCAACAAAUGCAGAACCAGACGGCCCCAGCCACUUACCAGAAACCCGCGGAGCUCAGUCGUCAGUUCUCGAUGGAGGACCACGACUCGUCGGAGGAGAAGUUCCAGAACCUGAAGUCCCUCAACGCGAUUCUCCUCAAGCAGACCAUGGAGAAGAGGCAGCAGAUCGAAUCCCUCUUCCAGGCGAAGGAUGCGUUGGAGGCCGAGAUGGCUCGCUCCGGCUCGGAGAAUACUCUGCUGCGGGACGAGCUGCGUGGCUCGAGCGACGAGAAUUUCAUGCUGAAGCUUGAGAUGGAUAUGUUUAUGGGUUUUGUUGAGAGCCGAAUCAAGGAGAUGAGUGUUGGGGUAGAUGGGUUGGUUGUUGAGAAGAGUGAUAGAGAGUGUGAGAUUAGGGAUUUGAAAAGAGAAGUUAAUGAUCUGAUGCGUAAGCUAGAGAGUGAGAGAGAAGAGCUGAGUAGGGUUUGUGAUGAGAGGGAUUCCAUUAGGAGUGAGUUUGAUUUGCAGCGUGAGGAGGCGAGUCGACUGAAGGAGAGUGUGGUUCUGAUGGAGAUGAAAGAGAGGAGUUUGGGAGAAGAAGUUGGUGAUUUGAAAUCUGAAAAGGAGAUAAUGGUGAAGGAGAGGAAGAAGAGAGAGGAGUUGAUUGAAAGGGUUAACAAGGAGAGGACUAGCUUGAAGAAGACCCUGGAGGAGAAGAUUGUGGAAAUUGAUGAGCUGAAGAGAGAAGUCAAAGGGCUUGUGAAUGAAAAGAUGGGUAUGGAGAUGGUUAAGCGUGAUCAAAAGGAAAAAAUCAUGGAGUUAGAGGAAAAGUUGGGAACUUUGAAUGAGAUUGUGCAGAAUUUGACAAAGAAAGAGGACGCUUUACGUGAUCAGGUUAGUGAGUUAGUGAAGAAUCUUGGUGAGGCGAUGAAGAAAGCAGAAGCAAGGGCGGAGCAGAUCAAUGCACUGGUGAAGGAGAAAUCUAUGAAGGAAGCUGAGCUUGAGGGUUUACUAGUGGAGAACAAUUCAGUUAAGGUGCAGCUGGAGAUGCAAUACCAUGAUAAGGAGAAUCUUGUCACGCAGUUGUUGCACGACAAGCUUGCGCUUAUCAAGCGUAUUGAUAGCCAUAAAGCUGAGUUUGCUGAGCUGAGUAAACUGGGGGAUGUGCAAAAGGAUGUUACGGUGCAGCUGCGAAAGGAUUAUGAUGAGCAAAUCAAGACUAGUGAGAAGCUUAGCUGCAACGUUACUCAGCUUAAGGAUGCUCUGGCGCUGGUUGAGGCCGAGAGAGACAAUGCUGGGAAGGCUCUUGAUGAGGAGAAGAGGAACCAUGUGGCUCUCAAGGACAAAGUUGCAGAACUGGAGAAAAUGAUUGUAGCUACUGGUAAAGAGCUUGAGACGAUUAAGGGUGAGCGAGGGAGAUUGACUAAACAGAAGAAGGAACUGGAGAAUCGUUCUGAGUCAGUGAGGAAGGAAAAGUGUAUCCUUCAGAAGGAUAUUAUGGAGCUCAAAAGAGCUAUGGAUGUUUUGAAAACAGAACUAGAAUCUGCUAGAACCAAUGCGAAAAGCGGUCUAACAAUGCUCAAGAGUGUGUCCUCUCUGUUAUGUGGAUUAGAGAACAAGAAAGGCGAGAAGAAGCGAGAGAAGGGAAUGGAUUCUUACUCGGUGGAUCUAGAAGCGAUCAAGGAAGCAUUCAAAAGCAAAGAAAACAUGGUUGAGGAAAUGAAGAAGCAAGUAGAGAAACUGAAGCACUCGGUGGAAGAUGCACACAAGAAGAAGAACUUUUGGGCCCUUGUUUCAUCUGUUGCUACUCUCUUCAUGGUUGCCUCUGCUGCUUAUGCCGCUUCCAUUAAGUGA